CGUGCUAGUAAAGGUUGCACAACUAUGCAUUUGUCACUCAUUUGAAGAGGAAGCAGAAUGAUGAAUCUAGAUGACAUAGAGUUGAAAAAUAGCAGCCAACAUAAUGGAAGUGGAGUGGACAAUCUGGGAUUUGAGGCAGAGGAGGAAACUAUAUCAAAUCACAACUUUCAGUUAAGGGAGAAGGAAUCAGAAAAAGAGUCAAAAUCAUUUAUAAGCAAAUUAUUCAAACCCUUCAUGGCUAUUGAAAACUUUUUGAAGGCUCAUUCUCGAAUCUUCAAAUACAUUAUCCUUGGGAUACUUGGUGCAGGCUAUGCGGCAUACUUUGUUGCUGCAUGCUGGAUAAACUUCCAGAAAUCCAUUGCUCUUGUUGUCCUGACCAGUAUGACAGUGUUUUUCGCAUUGUAUGAUUUUGUGAAAAGGUCCAAGGGAGAUACUAUAAAGCACUUCUUAAAGCCUGUGGUUGGAUGCUUUAAAACCAACUUCAGGUGGAUAAAAUGGGUUUUUAUCUUACUGGUGGUAGGACUGUUGGUGACCUGGUUGGUACUUGACACAAGGCAAAACCCUGAGCAGCUUAUUUCUUUUGCUGGUGUCUGUCUCUUUAUCCUCGGCUUGUUCAUCUUCUCUGCAAACAGAUAUGCAGUACGCUGGAGGACAGUCUUCUGGGGGCUUGGUUUACAGUUUGUCAUGGGACUGUUUGUCAUAAGAACUGAUCCUGGUUUCAUAGCUUUCAACUGGCUGGGAGCACAAAUCCAGACGUUUUUAAAUUACACCCAUUCUGGCUCAUCUUUUGUGUUUGGCAGUUUGGUAGAUUCAGGCAUCUUUGCCUUUCAGGUUUUGCCUAUUGUGAUAUUUUUCAGCAGUAUUAUGUCAGUACUCUAUUUCCUUGGUGUUAUGCAAUGGAUCAUCAUUAAGAUUUCCUGGAUUAUGCAGAUAACAAUGGGAACAUCUCCUACAGAAUCGUUGUCUGUUACAGGGAAUAUAUUUGUUGGACAGACAGAAGCACCGUUACUAAUUCGUCCCUAUUUAAAAGACAUGACCAAUUCUGAGAUCCAUGCUGUCAUUGUUGGAGGUUUUGCAACAAUUGCUGGCAGUGUGAUGGGAGCUUUCAUUUCAUUUGGGAUUGAUGCAUCCUCUUUGAUUGCUGCAUCUGUAAUGGCUGCUCCAUGUGCAUUGGCCUUGUCCAAACUCUCAUAUCCUGAAACAGAAGAUAGCAAAUUUAAAUCUGAAGACAAUAUCAAAUUAGAAAGCGGUGGUGAGCAGAAUAUUUUGGAGGCUGCUUCUGCUGGAGCAUCUGCUUCUGUUGGGCUUGUGGCUAACAUAGCUGCAAACUUGAUUGGAUUUCUUGCUAUUUUGGCUUUCAUCAAUGCAGCUUUGUCCUGGCUGGGAGGAAUGGUGGGAUAUCCACACAUCACAUUUGAGCUCAUCUGCUCAUAUGUAUUCAUGCCAGUGGCCUUCAUGAUGGGCAUACCAUUCAAUGAGUGCUUCGUUGUGGCUGAACUUAUUGGGACAAAACUGUUCCUUAAUGAAUUCAUAGCUUAUGAGAAGCUGGCAAACCUGAAAAACAACCGAUUAAAUGGCAUCACAGAAGUGGGAAAAUACAUUUCAGUCAGGUCAGAGAUCAUCAGCACCUAUGCUCUGUGUGGUUUUGCCAACUUCAGUUCACUUGGCAUUGUGAUUGGAGGCAUGUCUACCAUUUGUCCUUCAAGAAAAAGUGAUAUUUCUGCUUUAGUGCUAAGAGCCUUGAUCACAGGCACUUGUGUGUCCCUGGUUAAUGCUUCUGUUGCUGGCCUCCUUUCACAUCCUCAACUAGAUUGUAUUGAUGUUUUUACAAAUUCUGUCUUCAACACCACUAAUACAAAAAUCCAAACUUGCUGUUCUGAACUCUUUGAAAGUGCUGUGAAGAAUGAAACAAUGAUUUCUUUUGAGGGAUCUUGGACCCUGGUGAAAAAUGCCACUCUUUAUUUGAUAGAGUGCUGCCAUCUUUAUAAUGAAACUGUUUGCAUUUAGGAAAAUGUUAAUUUUAUAAAGUGUAAAGAUAAUUGUUACACAUAUCAAAAUUUUGCUUAAGUUUGGGAUCAUAUUCAAUAAAAACUAAUAAAUAAAUCAUUACAUUUAUUGUAUGUAUAGAAGUAGCUCAAGUGUGCUUUGUAUUGUAGUAUUGUUUUUAAAUGAGUAAAACUAUUUAAUCAGAAUGAUCUUCAAUAAUAAAGUAUUAGAGCUGAUACUGUACUCAAACAAAAUAAAUUUUAGAAUGAAUCAGAGAAUCAACCAUCAUUAGAAUGAAUCAACCCUAUUCAACUGUAGUCAUUUUUUUAAAUUUUAUUUUGUUUUAUUUUAUUAUUUUGCGUAUUUAAUCCUACCCCUGUCCAGUCCUAAAUAAUUGUGACCUGACCAUAAAAUUUUCAGAUAAAUUUAAGUAGUAGUUAAGUUUAAGUAAGUUUACUGAUCUAACUGACCUGCCAAUAACAUUUUCUGAUAAACUUAUUUAGCAAAACACACAAGGUAGUAAUUUAGAACAUAGUGUUCUGCUCCAAGUUUACUUGUCAUUGUAUUGUAUGUGGGGACAAGUUCGAGUCUCGGGCCGGCCACGACUGAGGUUCCCUUGAGCAAGGCACCAAACCCCCCAACUGCUCCCCGGGUGCCCGCAGCAUAAAUGGCUGCCCACUGCUCCGGGUGUGUGUUCACGGUGUGUGUGUGUUCACUGCUGUGUGUGUGCACUUUAGAUGGGUUAAAUGCAGAGAACGAAUUCUGAGUAUGGGUCACCAUACUUAGCUGUACUGUAUGUCACUUCACUUUCACUUUUCACUUUUAUGUAUAGUUAUGUAGUUUUGAUGCCCCUAGGGGCAGUUCUCCAGACAAAAUAAGUGAGGACAUUUCUCAUGCAGUCAGCUCCUCAAUCUUCAGAUGACAUCCUUUGUUUUGUGUUUGUAAAAGCAUCAUCUGUAAGUUAAUCCUUCUUUACUUAAUACUUGAUGAUACAUAUUUUCAUAUAUUUGUGAUAAGUUUAUUCAGAGCUUUGAUUUAAUGGAAUUUUUGUGAUGAUGGCCUUUAGCUAUUAGCCUAGCCUUUGUUUGACAGCAUUCAAUGUGUUAAUCUUAAUCUACUUUGAUAAGAUAACUUCUGUAUGAGUAAAUGUUUGUAUUUGUUGUCAAUUUCUUGGUCAUCUGAUAAUCCCAUUUAAGAAAAUUGAUGACAUUGAAUUAAUUUGGGCUAUUUUCAGAUAUACUUACAUGAAUGCUAGUUAGUCAUUGGUUAAUUUUUCUGAUUGUUGUUUAUUUGCUGUUUUUUGCAGUUUUACUCUUAAUUCAUAAUGUACCCGGCAUCUUAUUAAACGUCAAAGACUAAAAUGAAUCCUGACUUGUCUGUACUUUAUGGAUGGAGUUUGGCUGGCUGUUAAAUUGCAUUGGUAGAUGCAAGGAGAACAGUACAGUGACCCUGUUAAAAUAUGUUCAUUAUGUCCUCAGUUGUAUGUUAAUGUAAUGUUGUGCAGUUCUGUAUUAUGCAUUUACUGUAAGUAAGUCACAAGGGGGCACUAAAGUAUAAGUCAUUGUAGACGCGUUUGCGUUAAUAUGUUUGUCCUAAAGGAGUUACUGUUGUCUUUUACUGUUAACAGUCUGACCGUGAGACUGAUGUGUUGGCAGCGAGAAAAAUAAACAUGCCAAGAACUGCUAAAGAUAA